AUGAAUCUAGAACCACCACCUGGUAAACAUCUUCUCCCGACCCCGCCGACGGUGGAUGACGACCUCCCCGAUCCAACCUUGACCAUGGGCAGCGGAGGGAGCGGCCCAUCCGCCCUAGGAUACGCCGACGACGAUUUCAACUACGGCGGCAUGGGCGACGAGGGGGACGCAUUCGACAGCUUGGAGGCUGCAAGCACACCCUCGGCAGCAGGUCCCGAUCGUGUCCGUGUUCGUGCAGCCACCCGCCGCAAUGUAUCCCGUGCAUGCGAGCAGUGUCGCACACGCAAGUCCAAGUGUUCAGACUGUGUGUACUCUACCAUCGCGGAUGGACGUCUCACCGACCGCACGGCCAAGCGCCGCAUCGAGAUGCUCCAGGACCGCGUGAAUGCCCUCGAGAAGGCGCUUGCGGAUGCCCUCGUCGUCAACGCGCGCGCCGGGCAGUCCAAGGAGGCCGCUCUAGAUCAAACCACUGGUUCCAGCUCGAUUCCCAACGCACCCCUCCCAGCGCCUACCAUUCCGCCGCCCGCAUCGCGAGAGUACUUUGACGUCGACUCUGACGACCCGGAGUGGCAGCCGUUCGGCACUGGCCGGCUGGUCCUUGCCCCCACUGGCAACCUCCACCUGUACCCGGCGGCAACGUUCUACUCGCCGGCCCACCUUGUUCCGGACUGGCAAAAGGCUCUCGACGCGCUCGUAUCCCACCCACCCAACCGCCGUGGCUAUCUUGCGCCGUACCUCCCCUUCCCGCUUGACCCGGCGCACCAUGCCCGCCUCAUCGACCUCUGCUUUGCGCACCUCCUCAGCUUUGGUGUCAACUCCUUCCAGGACAGGUUCAUGCAGGAGAUGGAGGCGGACCCAAUGGCUCUCCUCUCUGUUGGAUGGCGUUACAUGAAAGACCCGUCCGUGCUGUCCCUCUACUACACGGACGACGCAGUUGCCGAGCGCGGACAUGCGUUCGCAUACAAGUCACUGCAGAUGAUGGCCGACGAGGUCGCCGAUCCGCGCAUUAGCACCAUCUGGGGUGUGUUCACCCUCUCACAGUACCACACGGGAAUUCUCAAAGAUUCCAUUGGCACAACCCUCUACUCUACGGCGCUCACUCUUACGCAAGAUCUGCGCCUCCAUCGUCAGUGCGACUUUCAACUUGCGGAGAUUGGUAUGGCCGUGGAUGGGGCUCUGGAUGUCGCCCGGAGGGAUGCGUACGGCAGCAUCCUCAACCUCUCGGCAUGGCACAGUUCUUAUUACAGUCAGGAUCCACUACCACUUCGUGAACACGCCGACCAGCGUCUUCCACUCAUCCGUACCGACCUUGAAGGCCCCGAUCGUGACAACUCUGAAAUGUUCCACUACCACGUCGAGAUGAGCGACUAUGGUCUCCAGGCACUCCACUGCAACCACACCAUGCGUGCACCCCUCGCGCACCGCGUCGCUCGCGUAAAGGUCAUUGCCGAACGCAUGUUUAGUUGGCGUGAACAGCUGCCAGACAACCUUCAGUGGCCGCCACGUAUCCGCCCCACGGCAGGCAAUACACUGCACCCAAGCAUCGUCACAACCCAUGGCAUGUACGCGACGUACGUGAUCAUACUUUUCCGCCCGUACAUUCUCGAGCUCGGUGAACGGUCUGGUAUCCACGAGAUGGCCAUCCAGGCUUGUCUCGGUGCGGCGGCCGAUAUUGUUACCCAGUCUCGGUACUUGAGCGCCACGGUUGGUGUUACGAAAACACCAUUCUCAUGGCAGCACAUACUAUAUGUCUGUGGCUCCAUGCUCGUCCUCCAAGCCAGCGGCCUGCCCUCCGUCUCCGAAGCAGAACGUGCGCGUGCGGUCGUCGACCUGGCAUAUGUCCAAAAGGCGCUCGAUGAGAUUUCAGAAGUCUGGCCAGCAGCGAGCCACACUUGCAGCUCGCUGCGCCAGCUCCUCAUGGUUACGGAAUAG